GUGAUCUUCCAAUAAAUACCCAAAACUAAAUUUAAUGUGUUGAGAACCAAGCUUCCAAUACAAUACAAUACCGUCGCAAAGCUUCGACACCUUUUCUUUCGAUCGCUUACCCUCCUUCUUCUCACAACCUCUCAAUCUAUCUCCAACCACCGAAUCUAACCAAUCUAUCUGUGGAAAAUUUUACCAUUUUAGUAGUAUCUUCUUCGACCCCCCUUCUUCGCCGAUAUUAUUCGUUUGAUCUCCCGACCAGUUAUCGCCGUCCAGUCCCUUCCGUCCAUCAUGGCCGCCGGCCAGCAAGCUGUCUCUUUCAAUGAGAUCAUUAAAGCUGAUCGCCAAAAGAGGAAGAAUGAGGAACUAGCCAACAGCAUUCUGGGGAAGAACCGACGGACGGGCGCUCCAGGAGCUGGGAUCAACAAGGCGCAAAAUGCGGCGGCACAAGGGAGUCUGGCAAGUCGGAUUGGCGUAGCCAAGCGUUCUGCACCUGCCGCCUCCAAGCCUAAAAAAGCCAAUCGGACGCCGUCUGCACCUGCACGAGUCGCAACCUCGAACGCGAAACCCGGACAGAAGCGUCGCCCCGAUGAGGAUCGCCUGAUGUCUGCCCUCAAUCCGGCAAAGGGACAAGCAACAGUUCGUGAUGGCUCUACCGGCCUUUCCAUCAAAGGGGCAGGCUCCGGGCCGUUUGUCGUGGUUGGCGGCAAUUUCGCACCAGGUACUACCGCUGCAGACAUCCAGUCGGCCAUGGAGCCUGUGACCGGCGAAAUCUUGCGUUGUUGGGUUACCUCGCAGCACCCUACUGUUACUGCGGAGGUGACGUUUGCAGAGAAAUGGGCGGCGGAGAGCGCGAUUGCCAAUUUCCACAACCAGAGGGCGGAUGGCAGAGUCCUUUCGAUGCGAAUGAAGUCGGCUGGCGCCGGUUCCAAGAACUAUGAUUUAUUCGACCGCUCUGCCGGGUCUCACAACUCUUUCAAUGACCUUCGAGAACAAGAGGACCGCAAGCGCUUGUUACACCGUGGCGCAGAUGCUGUUGUCCAAGACGGAAGCUAUGGAUUUGGCGGACAGAACCAAACAGCUGGUCGUGAUAAUGUCUCCGGAAAUCGCAACAAUAGACGUAACUUCCGAGGCAAUCGAAACGCGGGAGGCAGCAGAAACCAGGCUCAAAAUUCAAACGAAGGGCUCUAUAGCGAUCAAAUGAUGGUCGAUGCGCCGCCGCGGGGUCCAAGAAACAACCGGGGACGGUGGCAGCGGUAGACUACUUUUAAUGGCAGUGUUUCAAUAUUCGGGGUUUUAAAAACUACAGUCUGUACGAUAUCAAUCGAGGGUUUAGAUUGAACAUAUCCCUUCAAACUGCAGAUGCAAUGAUAGAGAACCUUCUUACCCUUUUGGUAAAUUUGAUAUGAUAAGAACUAUCACGUGCGGCGGAACUUUUGC